GUUAGUUUAGGAGUAAGUUUUGGUAAUCUAUUGGACUUGCUCUUGUUGGACCUGUAUGCAAAAUCAAUUGAUUAUUUAAUUCGGUUUCUCCGCCAGAAUUUGAGUACACUGUCAAGUUUGGGUAUAUCACAAUGGAUUACCUCAAAACUGUAAUUCCUUCUCAACUCUUCGCUGAACGUGGCUCCAAUCUCGUUGUUAUCAAUCCCGGUUCUGCAAAUAUAAGAAUCGGACUAGCUCAACAGGACACUCCUAUUACUAUUCCGCAUUGUGUUGCUCGUCGCACUACUGGAGCUAACUCCACUCCAAGACGAAAUGUGCAGGAUCAAAUGCUCAAUUCUCAAGUUACAACUGCUCAGCAUAUGGAGCGUGAGAAGGCUUAUGAUGAAAUUGCAUCAUUAUUGAAGAUCCCAUUUCUAGAUGAAGAGCUUGGAAACAACUCAAUACCGCGUAAGAUGGGUCGUGUUGAUGGAGUGGUUUCGCAGGGUAAUAAAAAAGAGACCGCCUAUACUUGGACUGAUGUACUUGAAAGAAAUCCUGAACCAUCUUCUGUACUCGAAAGUUCUUCUGAUAAAGGUGAAACAAGUGCAUCCCCUGCACAGCUGGAAAACACUAGUAUUAGUGAGCUUCAUUCAGGUCAACGGAAAUAUAGAGAAUGUAUCUACGGUGAAGAAGCUCUAAAAAUAUCUCCCACAGAACCAUAUUGCUUACGCCGUCCUAUUCGCAGGGGUCAUCUCAAUGUAUCUCAGUACUAUCCUAUGCAGCAGGUACUUGAAGAUCUUCAUGCUAUCUGGGACUGGAUAUUAGUUGAGAAACUGCACAUUUCUCAAAAUGAUAGAGAUAUGUAUUCUGCUUUGCUUGUCGUGCCUGAAACCUUUGACAAUCGAGAAGUAAAGGAGAUGUUGACUAUUGUACUACGGGAUUUGGGCUUCAACACAGCUGUAGUUCACCAGGAAGGUCUUGCUGCUGUAUUUGGGCAUGGGUUGUCAACAGCCUGUGUUGUUAGUAUGGGUGCUCAGGUGACUUCAGUUAUCUGUGUCGAGGAUGGAGUUGCUUUGCCUAAUACACAAAUUAUCUUAAAUUAUGGCGGAGAGGAUAUAUCAAGAUGCCUUCUCUGGACUCAGAGACAUCAUCAAACAUGGCCACCCAUUCGUACUGACACUCUCAUGAAGCCUGUGGAUUUGUUAAUGCUGAACAGACUGAAAGAGUCCUAUUGUGAGAUCAGAGAGGGGGAGGUUGAAGCUGUUUCUACAGUUCAUUCUUAUGAGGAUGGCAUGCCAGCUGGGUCGCACAAGACGAAACUAACCGCUCUUAACGUUGCCCCUAUGGGUCUGUUCUACCCAACACUUUUGGUUCCAGAUGUGUAUCCUUCACCACCACGGUCUUGGUUAAGUGAUCACGAGGAUAUGCUGGAGGACACAUGGCAUAUGGAGCUUCCCAGAAGAACAGACAUGUCAGAUGGAUUUUUUCCUGGGAUGAGUGGUGGAAUGCCUAUGUGGGAUAACUACCCCAUAUUUCAAAACAAAUCCAAGAAAGAAUAUAAGAUUGGUCUGGCAGAUGCUAUCUCCAAGAGCAUUCUAUCAGCUGGGCGCAUAGACCUUCAGAGAAGAUUGUUCUGUAGCAUGCAACUGAUUGGUGGAGUGGCUUUGACAAGUGGUCUUAUUUCUGCUGUAGAGGAGAGAGUCUUGCAUGCAAUACCUUCAAAUGAAGCAAUUGAUACUGUUGAGGUUCUGCAAACAAGAACAAAUCCAUCGUAUGUGUCGUGGAAAGGUGGAGCGAUCCUAGGUAUUUUGGAUUUUGUGCGGGAUGCUUGGAUACAUCGGGUGGACUGGAUCAAAAAUGGGAUUCACCCCGGAAGUGGCAGGAAGUACAAGGACUCUUAUUAUCUUCAAGCACAAGUAAUGUGUUACAUGAAUAACUAGAGGCUGUUUUUUCCAUCCCAUGUCGCAGUUUUGGGAGAUAAGUUCAUGUUAUGUCAAAGCCCCCCUGCUAUAAGGUUUGCAAAAGAAGUUGAAGUUGGAUAAAUUCUUGAAGACACGAACAGGAAGGAAGAAAGUGGAAGUUAGAAAGUUUAAUGUAGUGAGGAUGGGUUUUAUCAAAUGUUGAGAAAACAUGGAGUUGAUAGCUUUUUUUGCCAGGUGGAGUUGGUAGCUUUGACUUGUGUUAAAAACUUAAAAUGUAAACUUUUGUCAAAAUUAGCGUCUCGUAACCCAGUGUAAAUCUUCACAGAUGUGAUCAGUUACCAAGCUGAAACCUUGACCAAUUUGACAUGCUACCAAUUUAUCUUGUUGCGCUGGUCAGUAGCACACUUA